AUGGCGGUGAAGGUAGCCAAGAAACGCGCUCCGAUUCGGAAGCGAGCCAGCGGCGCGGGGAUCGCGGGCGAUGGACUUAGCAGCGCGUUUGGCGAAAGCAGCACCACUCGGCUGCUGCUGUUGAUAGGAGGCGCCGCGUUUCUAGUGUGGAUUCUGAACCACAGGUCGUUUCUCAGAUCGUCUUCAUACCCGUCUGAAGAGUCGGUCCUUCACAGUCACAGAAGAAGAGGGGGGUCACGGGGGGCGGACCCGUGGGGUUCAGAUGACGGGAGAAUGCUUCAGAGCCGUGACUAUAACGGGAGAGGAGGGGCGUACGGUGGUAGAGGUGGCUACUAUGAAGGAUCAACAGUAGGGAAUUCGGUAGAUCAACGAUCAGGAGGUGCUGUAGCUGGGGGGUUUGGGGCAGCCGGAAUGGGAGGGGCUGGGGAGAUUGGGGGAGGGGAAAUGGGGGCAGGUGGCAAUCCCAGGUUACACCACGUGGACUCGCCAGGAGCGACAGCUGGCACGUUGGCACGGGGAGGAGAGGAUCGCUCGGAUGGAGAGCGGUUGGGGUUGGGCGGAAGGGGGGAAGGGGGCGGAAGGGGGGAAGGGGGUUCGGCAGCCCGGUGGGCACCAAUCAACGGCAGCUUCGUCCUCUCCUGGAUCCCUCCUUCCAAGGCUCGGCUCCAGACCAACAUCUCCCAACCGGAGCUCUACCCGGUCCUCUUAGACGUGAUUCGUUACAACGAAGAGGCGCAACUCACCGCCGCUAAAGCGGGUCUGGAGCCUCCCAAGGCGUCCAGAGGGCCGGCUUGCCCGGUGUUUGAGUUUGGGUUCGAGCGGUUCCCUGGGAUUGGGUCGUGCUGGGAGGCAGGGAUCGCGGAUGAGAAGCGGGCGGCCACGCGGCCUCCUGUGAACUGCAAGGGCGUGGACCCGACGUGUAUCCAGAAGAAUGAUUUGCUGCCGCAUAACAAGUGGUCCGCUCAGGUCCUAGUUCUGCGCAACGUGUACAUAAACGUGGUGGGCCAGGUGUUCAACUCCACCCAUCUCUUCGACCACAACGCGUGUGCGGGCAGUCCCAACAUCACCGUGACGCUGCCCUUCCGCUACACCGCCAACCGCACACGCGUCACCCACUUCAAAGAGCUCGUCUCCCUCGUCGACUGGUUCGCCUGGUCCACGCGCGCCAUGCUGCUCGACCUCAUACCGCUCUUCAUCUCUCUGCACCGCAUUCUGCCGGCUAUGAGGGGCGUACCAGUGGCGGUGGGGCACAGGCGGCCGCAUGUGAGGAACGGAUUGGAGCAGCUGUGCUCGCUGGGGGCGGUGGACGUGCUGGGCGUGCAGGUGGACAAAAUGAACGUGCACGUGGUGAAGUCGAAAGACCUGUUCUUUGCAGAGAAACUUGUCAUUCCACUGCACCAGCGGUGUGGGGAGCCCAGCCGCUCGCUUUGGCACUAUCUGCGAAUGAGACACCUGCUGCCGCCCGGGGGGCUGCCCAUCUUUAAUGCUGACGCAGGAUCUGAGGAUGAGGUGUGUUUUGAGUCGACUCAAAACAGACUGGACGUCCAGGUUCAAGGGACCUGCCACCCCAGCCAACACACCAUGCGCCUAUGCUACCGGGAAGGCUCCAUCUCCCCCCCCCUCAACCACGUGCUCUUCCCCGCCCCUCUCCUCUCCCCACCAGACUGGACGUCCAGGUUCAAGGGACCUGCCAGUGCCACCCCGGCCUACACACCACGCGCAUACGCGCCCGGCAGCAACUGGGUGGUGCUGCUGGGGUGGAAGGAGCAGCGCGCAUCCCUCCUGCAGAGCCUCAAGCUACACGAGCACCUCACCCGCCUCUUCCCCCCCGAGCGAGUCGUCAUCUACCGGGAAGGCUCCAUCUCCCUCCCCCGCCGAAAAGACCUGCUCAACCGCGCGCUCCUCAUGGUAUCAGUGCACGAUAAUAUCCUCGCCGAUAUUGUCUUCAUGCCGCCCGGAUCCGCCGUGCUGGAGAUUCGCCCCGUGGAGAAUCCGGAUGUGAUUUUCCACCAGCUGGCGGAUAUCUGCGAGAUUGAGUAUUAUUUGGCGUUUUGUGAGGGGGGGAAGGCGGUGGGGAGUGCGGCGGGCGGGUGGGCAGGGAAGCCCGUGGAAGGGAAUUUGGGCGCCAAGGACCCCAAGGGGGUGCAGAAAAUGUUGACGGAUAUUUCCAGGAAGGUGUUUGCUCGAGCAAAUGCAAUGAGACGGAAAGGAGGGUAG